AUGGCUGCUGGUUAUGGGGACCGAUCCUUGAAGGAGACUCCAACGUGGGCUGUUGCCCUAGUCUGUACUGUUUUUGUGAUUAUUUCUAUUCUUAUUGAACAUGGGAUUCAUAAGCUUGGAAAGUGGUUUCAGAAGCGCCAGAAGAAAGCCAUGAUAGAGGCUUUGGAGAAGAUUAAAGCUGAGUUGAUGCUACUAGGCUUCAUAUCUCUACUUAUUACUGUUGGAACAAAACCAAUCUCUAAGAUAUGUAUUCCAACCAAAGCUGGGGACAUUAUGCUUCCAUGCAAGAAAGAGUACAAGGAGGACUACGACAAAGACAAAGACAAAGACAAAGGCAAUGGCAAUGAUAGAAGACAAUUAUUGUGGUAUGCCGGAGAUGCUAUAACGCGGCGAGUUCUUGCUGCUGUGGGUGGCGAUGACUACUGCACUAGCAAAGGCAAAGUAGCAUUGAUUUCUCAAUCAGGCGUGCACCAACUUCAUAUCUUCAUAUUUGUGCUCGCCAUUUUCCAUGUUCUCUACAGUGUGCUCACCGUGGCUCUAGCAAAAGCCAAAAUGAAGAAAUGGCAGGCAUGGGAACAAGAAACGGAUUCCUUGGAAUAUCAGUUUACAAAUGGUAAUCAUCGUUCUUGUUUGGUUUUAUUUCUUUGCUUUGCUCGGGAAAUAAAAAUAUCUGAAUUUGAUGUUCUUGUUUCGAAAGACCCUUCAAGAUUUAGGUUGGCUCAUCAAACCUCCUUCGUUCGGCGCCACAGUGGAAUUUCAAGAAUGCCAGGAGUUCGAUGGAUUGUAAGAUGCAAUCUUCUUAAUAUAUUACCCGCUGAUCGAUAA